UUCAUAACCAUCAUUACCAUCUUUGUAUCAUUACCAUCUCUUUAUGACUAACCAACCAACGAUGAUGCUACAGCAUAAGAUGCUGUGCCUGUGCCACCUACACAGUGGAGCCCGUCUCUAUGGGAACACAGAAGCAUGAAGUAGGCGAGGCGGGGUUUAGCUGCAUCAGUAGGCAGUGCGCUGUGUGUACACUGUUCUUUGACAGGCAUUGUCAUCGCUGUAUUCUUCGGGUUACGUCGACAGCCAAAAUUACUAGCGAGGGGAGAUGGCAGAGGACAUCAAAAUUCUAAAUGGGGAAGAAUAUGUUGGAGAGAUCAAAGGAGGACUGAGGCCGACUAUGAGGCUGACGGUGAUGGGCAUUGUUCAUAAACAUGCUAAGAGAAUGGUGCUGGCUGUGGCAUGUCAAUCCGAGGAGGACAGAGAGGGAGAUGUUGGCCUCCAGGUCACCGUCAGCUUCGGGGAGAAGGCUGUGCUGAGGAACGCCCGGCUGGAAGGCAAAUGGGGUCCCUCUGAGAAUGCCCUCUCCUAUUUCCCCUUCACAGCAGGAGAGCCUUUCAAGAUGGAAAUCAUGUGUGAACAUCAGCAGUUCCGCAUCCUGGUGGAUGGUCAGCCCCUGUGUGGCUUUGCCCACCGUCUGAAGCACCUAGCAUCCCUCAAUGCUUUGCGGAUAAUGGGGGACUUAGAGAUCACUAAAGUGGCUUGAGGAAGGAGCAGAGACAGACGGCACAGCUUGGAUACCUUCAGUCUUGGCCCAUAUAUUGUCAGAUGAGAUGAGAUGAGACGAGUAGCAAACCCAUGUAGUUGUUUUUGGUUUCCAUGGCACCUUUGAUAUUAUGGUAUAUGAGCAAAGUGCCUUCAUAGGAUACCGUGCUUUGGUCUGACUAAUGUACACGGAAGUAUGGUAGGCUAAGAUGUAGUCAUUGAGAAUGUGAAUUAGAUUCCCUAGGGCGAAUCUUUAAACAGUAGCUAGCAAAAAAAAUUGUUUUAGAUGGUGAGGAGUGCUUUGUCGGACGUAAUGUUUUUGAACAGAUAUAUGAGGCUACCGAUGAUGCACAGAAAUGUUUUUUUUUAUGUCAUUUAAUGACAAUAAUGGUUUACCUUAGAAAAUAAUACUUGACAUAUUACCUCUCCCAAUAACAGAUGAGAUCAAUUCCAGUGCUUAAAUUAAUUCAAUUGAAUAUACAGCAUUGCCUUAUCUUUUGAACAACCAAAUGGCAGUCCUGACAGGAUGGCAAGAAUAAAGCUUAGAUAGUGAGUAGAAAACCACCUGUGAAGUCUUUUUGAACUCAAGAUAGUAACAUCCACACUGCUGAAUGUGUCAGGCUAUGUGUCAGGCUAAUUCAUGCAUUGGUGCUAUAAUCCAUCUUCUGCCACAGCAAUCAUAUUUAAAAGGUAAUCAUUGAAUGUUCUUUCUUGUAUUGGCUCAUUAAUUUAGUAUGUACAGUGCUGAGUGGAAUGACAUGAUAAUCGUACUACAUAUAUGAGAAAAUAUAUCUCAAAUCUUUUUCCAAA